CCCUGCCCAUGGGCCCAGCACCGCCAUGGGCUGCCGGCUUCUACCUGUGCUGCUUCUGCUGCUUGGGGCCCCAGGCCCCCGGGGACAGGGCUCCGAGAGCCCCUCAGAGGAGCCCCUGGAGGAUGUCCCCCAGGAAGACGGGGUCUUGGUGCUGAGUGGCCGCACCCUGGGCCUGGCCCUGCGGGAGCACCCUGCCCUGCUGGUGGAGUUCUACGCCCCGUGGUGCGGGCACUGCAAGGCGCUGGCCCCCGAGUACAGCAAGGCAGCGGCCCUGCUGGCAGCUGAGGCGGCCACGGCCACGCCGGCCCAGGGGGGAGGGGCCCCGGACCUGAGGGACCUGCAGGACAGAAAUGUGGAGACUUUUCUGGCCUUGGCCCGGGAUGCCUUGGACAUGACCUUUGGCCUCACUGACAGGCAACAGCUCUUCCAGAAGUUCAGCCUCCCCAGGGACACUGUAGUCCUCCUCAAGGCGUUUGAUGAGGGGAGGGCUGACUUCCCAGUGGACGAGGAGCUGGGCCUGGACCUGGGGGACCUGUCCCGCUUCCUGGUCAUACACAGCAUGCACCUGGUCACGGAGUUCAACAGCCAGACGUCCCCAAAGAUCUUCGCCGCCAGGAUCCUCAACCACCUGCUGCUGUUCGCUAACCAGACGCUGGCUGCACACAGGGAGCUCCUAGCAGGCUUCAAGGAGGCGGCCCCCCAGUUUCGGGGGCAGGUGCUGUUCGUGGUUGUGGACGUGGCUGCUGAUAACGACCACGUGCUGCAGUAUUUUGGCCUCAAGGCCGAGGAGGCCCCCACCCUGCGUUUGGUCAACGUGGAAACCACCAGAAAGUACGCGCCCACGGGCAGGGGGCCCAUCACCACAGCCACUGUCACCGCCUUCUGCCGCGCAGUCCUCCAUGGGGAAGUCAAGCCCUAUCUCCUGAGCCAGGAGGUGCCCCCGGACUGGGACCAGCGCCCGCUGAAGACCCUUGUGGGCAAGAACUUUGAGCAGGUGGCUUUUGAUGAAACCAAGAACGUGUUCGUCAAAUUCUACGCCCCGUGGUGUACCCACUGCAAGGAGAUGGCCCCAGUCUGGGAGGCCCUGGCUGAGAAGUACAGGGACCAUGAGGACAUCAUCAUUGCCGAGCUGGACGCCACAGCCAACGAGUUGGACUCCCUCGCCGUGCACGGCUUCCCCACCCUCAAGUACUUCCCAGCAGGGCCGGGCCGCAAGGUGAUCGAGUACAAAAGCGCCCGGGACCUAGAGACCUUCUCUCGGUUCCUGGACAGCGGGGGCGAACUGCCCGCGGAGCAGCCCACAGAGGAGCCCACGGUCCCUGCGGCGGAGCCACUGGCUAAUUCCACUGUGGAGGCCAAGGAGGAGCUGUAGUUGCCCCACGUCACCCGUGUCCCCACACCACUGUCCUUGGGUACUGAGGGACCUGGCACUGUGAAUAAAGAACUGGUCCUGACCAAA